CAGUAGACCUUUGGUUGCGGGCAGCAGACUAGGGAGGGGUCCGUCCAACCAUUCCAAAAACUGACAUGGAAGCCUGCUGUAUUUGCAUCGAUUGCCGACCCCAGUAGUAGUCUACUAACUAACGAAUAAGCCUUAGUCAGUCUUCUAGGGCUGGGCUAUAUUGUCGGAUCGGAUCUUUCUUGCCUGUCAUACGGAAUCAUUUCGACAUUUUGCUGAGUUGUUCGGUCAGCGUUGUUGUGGGAGUUGUCUGUUGUGUAAAUUGUUUCAGCUCUCGGGCACGUCGGCUGGGCGUUCGUGACUGUUAUUUGCGAAAAGAAAGAUAUCUCCAGCAGUACCAGACACACCUCUUGGAUAGGCAGUUGGAAGUCAUAUUUCUCUGACCGUGGUCUCCUACCAAGUUUCCAACGCCAUGACGUCCAAGAAGCUCUACGGCAAAGAGCUCAAGGAAUUCGACGAUAUCGAUGUCGACGAUCUUCUCACCCAACUCUCGGCGGAGGAAUUGGAAAUUCUCUCCAAAGAAGUCGAUCCUGAUGACCGGUUUAUGCCUCCUGAUCAGCGCACCAACUAUCACUGCGAACGGGAAGCCACCGGUCCAGUCGACCGUAAGCAACUAAUCGACCACAUUAACAAGAUUGCCCUGGAAACACCCGAUCAGCCCGAAAGUGUGCCAUUUGUUGCCGGAGUGGUUCGUGGUAAAAAGUGGAUUCCUCCCGAAGCGCCGGUUAUUGUUAGCCGCGAGGACGAUGGCGUUUCAUUUAACCUGGAGGACGAGUACGAGCAAGCUCUGGGGACUGCCACCGAAGAAGAGCUCGUCGAUUUGGCAGCUAUUCUGGGAUUUCACUCGAUGAUGAAUCAGGACCAGUACCACGCUUCACUCCUCAACAAAGGCAAAGUGGGUCUCGGCUGGGAUGGUGUCACCAAAGCCUCGCAGCCCAAAGCCCUACCUUACGAACCUCCCAAUGCCACCGAUCCGGAACAGUCUAUUCUCAAAGUCUAUGAUGAUGAUUCCAAAACGAUCGAACUCUGCUUCAACAAUGUCAACUUGACGGAUGACCAGUUCGACCGGUUGUUUAAAGCCCUAGAAAUUAACACGCGCCUGGAAGUCCUCAGCCUCAGUAACACCGGCCUUACAGAUCGCACGGCCGAGAAAUUAGCCGAAGCCCUCGAAAAGAACGCCACCUUACGCGUCAUCAACAUCGAAACCAAUCAAGUUAGCGCCAACGGUAUUGUUCGGCUCGUGAAAAGCAUGCUGGUACAGAAGAAUGUUGAAGAAUUCCGUGCCUCUAACCAGUUGACUGCCCAUGUGCUGGGAAACAAAGCGGAGAUGGACAUCACCCAAUACAUCGAGCAAAACACUACGCUGAUGCGAGUCGGACUCUUUUUUGAGUUCAACGACGCUCGAAGUCGAGUGGCGAACCACUUGCAGAAAAACAUUGACCGCAAUCGUUUGCGUCGCACUGGUCGCGCUCCUCGCAACUUGACAGCCGGCUACAUCCUGAAGAAGGACUCACCUACCGUCGGGAAGAAAAGCAACACUGGGCAGGAAUUCAAAGUCUACACUGAUUGAACAUAUUUAGAAAAUCAGAGCCAUUGUUUUUUUUGUUUGUUUUUUUAUGAAACCGUAAAAAAAAAGAUAAUAAGACAACAGAACAGCGCCGAGAGUUACGUUGCUUUCAUCCUUUCAUCUAUUUUUAUUCCCAUUUCGCAAUUUCUUUCCUUUAUUUUUGUUUUUUUGUUUGAUGAUAGACAAUUCGUUACACAUUCAUCCACUCUUUUUUUUUUUUUUUGUCUUUUCAUACCUCCACCAAUCUUUAUGCUCCUUUAUGAAAAAUAAGUGAAUGAUCGUUGCUGGCGGUUUUUGCUUUUGUUCCAACCCAUUUCGGAUUUGCUCGUAGUCUCCUGUGGAAAUAUGAAGCCAAUCCGUCGUGUGUUCCAAGAGCAUUAGGUCAGUAGUGUGUACUAUACAAUGAUUAUCCAAUCUACACGAUGUUUUUUUUUUCUUUUCUUUUCUUUUCUAUAUGUGGCUUGAGCCUUCGGAAUUAAUAGAUUUGAACUAACUUAACCAGCUUGUCUUUUGAUCCUUCUACUUUCCCGAUACUCCCUACCCAUUUGACACAAAUUCUUGACUUCUCCGGGCUGUAUGAUGAAAUCACUUUGUCCAGCAGACUCGUCCUACACUUGCACACGCAUACCCAUCCGCAACAACGUGCGCGUACAGAAAAAUAUCAUUGACGUGAAGCCGCUUUUUAUCCCGUCUCUUAGGUGACUUUGAUCAAUUAAUGGAUGUGCGGCCUCCAGUGUGUCUUGUGUAUUAGCAUUUAUUGUGAAUCUAUGUUGUAGGUGUUGUCUAUGAAUAUAUUCAAGAGGGAUUACAUUACACUGUUACGUUAUAUCCUCGA